AAUCAUUCCAAUUGCACCAGGCAUGCUGCGUCGACGGCCUUCCGUCUGUCCCUUUUGCGAGCUGGGCCCGCUGCUGAAGCCGCUGCCAUCACCACCACUACUGCCACUGCUGCGCCGGCAGCCCCUUCACCAGGCCCGCCUGUACACGCAGAGGGAGCGCAAUGGCGGUGCCUAUAUACCAGCGUCAUCAUCGCCGUCUGGGCCACUGCGCUCGACAAGGACCCGCCAUGUGCCCCGGCCGCCGCGCAUGGUGCUUGCAGAGGACGUCGCGCGCACGUCAGAAAGCAGGCCAAAGAAAAAGCCCGACGCCUUCGCCUACCUGAAUCGAACCGAAGCCCCGCGCGGCCUCGAGCGCAUGCGGCAGCCGCGAGAAUCCCGUGGGCCAAGAGCCGCUGCCGGGCGCGACCAGAGCAGGGCGAGGGCACGACCUGAGCCCUUCCACGCCCUCAAGAUGCACAGCUCGCUGCACCAGGUCCCCUACUCCGACCGCACCGCCAUCAAGCGCAACAUCGACCAGUACGACUCCUUCGACAAGUUCCCCCUCGCCGAGCCCGUUCUGCGCGCCGUCAACGAUGCCCUGCCUGGCCUCGAGUACCGCAACCCCACGCCUGCGCAAGCCGUCGCCAUACCCGCCCUGCUCGGCAUACAGAAGGCGGUACGGAGCAGAGCAAAGGCUGGCAGAACCGGCCCAGACACAUUCCUGCUGGCAGCCGAGACGGGGUCGGGCAAGACGCUGGCAUAUCUCCUGCCCACGCUAGACGCUGUCAAGCAGCAAGAGAUGGGCGACAGGGCCGAGGCCGAGGAGCAGGCAAACAAGGCCGCCGAGGAAGCAGCCGCAAAGCAGCACGAGAAGAGGACAGACGUGUUUGCCGUCGAGGAGCCAGAGAUCAACAAGGCCGUCGACCCAGCACGCCCACGAGCCAUUAUCCUCGUCCCCUCCGCCGAGCUGGUCGCCCAGGUCGGCGCGGUCGCAAAGGCUCUCUCGCACACAAUCAAAUUCCGCGCUGCGCCCAUCUCAGCCAAAAUGUCGGCCACGGUCAUCCGCAAGCAGCUCUUCAACCCCAACGGCGUUGAUGUCGUCAUCAGCACCCCGCCGCUCCUUGCCAGCAUUGCCGAGACCAACCCCAACAUCCUUGCGCGUGUCACGCAUCUCGUCUGCGACGAGGCAGACUCUCUCUUUGACCGCUCUUUCAAAGAGAGCACAACCGAGAUUCUCGAGCGCGCUACUCCGUCGCUCAAGAAGCUGGUGCUGUGCUCUGCCACGAUACCCAAAUAUCUCGACAAGUACCUUGCAGAGAAAUUUCCCGACAUGCAGCGCCUCGUCACACCGAACCUGCAUGCCAUUCCGCGGCGAGUGCAGCUGGGCGUUGUAGAUGUAAACAAAGACCCCUACCGUGGCAACAAGAUGCUUGCAUGUGCCGACACGAUAUGGCAGAUUGGCAAGGCAUCGGCCGAUUACGACCCCACCGAAGGCAAGGAGGCGAUAGCAGUCAAGCGCAUCUUGGUGUUUGUCAAUGAGCGCGAGGAUACCGAACAAGUGGCACAGUAUCUGGUCAAAAAGGGAAUCGAUGCCCUAGCCUUCCACCGCGACACGGACCCUUUUCGCCAAGCAAAGAUUCUCCAGUCCUUCACCAGCGAUGCGCCAGCCAGUUCGAGUGAAAGCGAAGAAAAAGCACCCGCCGCCCCGCCACCAACAAGUAAACACAGGCUGGGCAACACCAAGGUGAUUGUUACCACGGAUCUCGGUUCAAGAGGUAUUGACACUGUGUCUGUCCGCCACGUCAUCCUGUACGACGUUCCACACACGACUAUUGACUUUAUCCACCGUCUAGGCCGCACAGGGCGCAUGGGACGCCGGGGAAGAGGCAUUGUGCUGCUGGGCCCCGGCGACCGAGCAGACGUUGUAAGGGAAGUGCGCGAGGCCAUGUUUAGGGGCGAGGCGCUCAUCUAGAGGGGAAUGUGGUGUAGUAUACUUAGUGUAUGAUUAGGAGGGUGUGUAUGUCCAUGGCCGCAUACCGAGUCGGGUUGGCCCACGACGCCGUUACGAUUGAAUCAAAAGAAAAUAGAACAGAAAGCAGGAACCACUCUUUGACCCGUCCGUUGCCACUACUCGGCCGCGGGACCUGGCAGCACUCUCUCAUACUCUCUUCCCCAGUCUUGGUGUAGACAAGAUUGGCAUAGAUGGCCGGGUGGUACGCUACCGGCCGUGGCCCGGGCAACGACACAAGGAACGGCUUGUAUUGAAUGCAGC